UGCUUCAGCGGCUCGACCAGAUCACGGACUCGAAGCUGCGUGCCGCCGUGCGCAACGCCGGCGGAGGCUUUGUCAAUCACGAGCUCUUCUUCGCAACCAUGUCGCCCGACGGCGGGGGAGACAUCGUGGAGCACGCCGGCCUUAACGCGGCAAUCGUGUCGGCGUUUGGCACCAUGGCGAUGCUCAAGCGCGCGCUCAGUUUGUCGGCGCUGGAAGUGUUUGGCUCCGGCUGGGCCUGGCUGGCACUUGACCGGCGUUCCGACAAGCUGGUCGUCCAAUCGACGCCGAACCAGGACACGCCAGCGAUGGACGCAUCGACGGUGCCGCUCCUCGGUAUCGACGUCUGGGAGCACGCGUACUACCUCAAGCACCAGUCGCGCCGCGCCGACUACAUCAAGGACUGGUGGCACGUCGUCUCCUGGCCAGAGGUCGCCCGCCGCUACGACGCCGCCCGCGCGGCCACGGGCAAGGCGGAGCUGUGAGGAGGUGAAGGGCCAGGUGCGUGGAGGCGGCGGCGCCGCGGCCGAAUUUGGGCUGCUUAGUGCUCACGGUAGUGGAACUGUGGAGCACGUCGCCGGGCGCGAGGCUUGCGGCUUGAGGCGGCUCCGGCUGUGAAGCGGCGCUGCAUGGCCCAGGCGCGCGCCAAGCGGAGGGCUGGCUGGAGGGCCUAGAUAGCGACGUGAAAAGCGGAAUGUGAAGAGAGCGUCUGUGAGUUCUGAGACGUGUCACGUGAG